UUCACAGGAAGGAUUUAAAAUGGAGCCAAUCCAGUGGCUGUGUGAGCAGCAUCCAUUUCUGACGUACCAAUGUUUUUCCAUUCCCUUUGCUUUUCUAUUCUACAUCUUGGCUAAACAGGGAUGUCUCUCUUUGACAUACAGGUACCUCUUCUUGGCAUCCGGAGGCUGUAUCCUAGCAAUUGUCACCAUGGGUGUAUACAGCUUGCUUCUGUUCAUCUCCACUGUGAUCUUUGUGCUGCUGGUGUGUUCACUGAGCCCAGAGCGUGUCCAUCCAUGGGUCUUUGGACUGCAGAUGGGUUGGCAAACAUUCUGGCACCUGCUCAUACAGUACAGAGAAUACUACCUCAAUGAGCCCACUGAUUCCAGGCUUCUCCUAUCAAUGUCCUCCUUGAUGCUACUCACCCAGAGAGUCACCUCCGUGUCAAUGGAUCUACAGGACGGGGGCAGGGUGACAUUAAUGACCCAAUGCCGGGUCUUUCUCCCACUCAUCAGCUAUGCCCUAAACUUCACUGCCUUGCUCGGCGGACCCCUGUCCUCGUUUGACCAAUUUGUAUAUUUUGUAGAGCAGACUACCAUCAGCCCUCCUCCCCAGCCUCUGUCCGUUAUAUCCUACAAGGGCUUUCAGGUGUUAUCUCUGGAGUGGGCUAGGAACUAUCUCACUCGUCUCCUCAGAGACAAUGCCUCCAGUUUGUCCGUCUCCAACAACGUCCUCACCGAUGUCUUGUGGAUAUGGGGCCUGGCUGUGGUGUUGAGGAUCAGAUACUACUCCCACUGGAAGAUCAGUGAAUGUCUGAAUAAUGCUGCUGGGCUUGGGUUCAGGGGGAUGGUCAGGGAGGACAACCCAAACUGGAGUGGCCUGUCUGACGGAGAUCUUUGGACCACAGAGAUGUCCUGCCAGGUGUCCGAAUUUGCCCGUCGGUGGAAUGGUACGACAGCUACAUGGCUACGUAGGCUGGUUUUCCAAAGAUGCAAAACCGCUCCGCUGGUAAUGACGUUUGGGUUUUCCAUCUGGUGGCAUGGCAUACACCUGGGUCAGUUUGUAGGGUUUCUUCUCUGGGCUGCAGCUGUGAGAGCAGACUACCAGAUACACAAGUACUUGAAGCCAAAGCUCACGUCUACAAGGAGGAGAUUGGUGCGCACCUGUCUGUGUUGGUUAAACACUCAAAUGGUAAUGGCGUGUGUUGUUAUUGCAAUCGAGCUUCGAAGCACUUCCUCUUUGAAAAUAUUGGGUCUGACAUACACUGGCGUUUUUCCUCUUCUUAAUGUUCUCUUUAUCUUCAUUGUAUGAUAAGAUCAAGAAUAAUCAUAUCAUCUGGGUUUUUAAAUGUUGCUGUAAAAUCAAUUAGUUGACGUUAUUCAUAGUCAUUGACACAAAAAGCACACUUCUAUUCUUGCUUGUUUUGGAGGACUGAAGGGGAAGGUAUCGUGUUCUGAGAGAGUGCAACCAUCUGAUUAUUUUGGAGCAAUUGUUAUCUUAUUUACAGAACAGAAUACCUUGUUGAAUGCAUCUACCAGCUGAGGGUCAGUGUAGAUUUGUAGA